AGAAACCCAUUCUCAAAAUAGUGGAAGCUGUGAAUCUGCUUCCUCUUCAGUCUUCUCUCAAUCUCACAUACCCAAACCAGAGAGCCGUUCAACCAUCAUCCUACUUAUUAUUCCCCUAGACACUCCCACCUUCCCCGCCGUCUCCACCAAGGCCUCCGCCGCCUGCGCCACUAGAGCGACCAAAGAAUCCAGCGGCUCUCUCACCAGAAAGAAGUUCCGGGCCGCCGCCGAGCAAAGAGUUGAAACGUCCCAGUUAUUUCAUGGAGGCUUCCCGUUUCAGAGCGCAAUAGAUAGAAAAAUGGAAAGCUUGGAUUCAAAAAUCACAUCUUCCCCGCCAGUACAACAAGAGCCAGAACUCAAACGGUCGAAAAUGUCCACCACCACUACCUCCGACGAUGAAGAAACCGCCCCCACAACCGUUCCCGGCGGCGAUCCGGCCGACGCCGGGAUCAGGAGGCCGAGGUACAAGCGGCGGAAGGUAGCGAUAUUCUUCGCCUACUGCGGCGUGGGCUACCAAGGGAUGCAGAAAAACCCUGGUGCCAAAACCAUCGAAGGCGACCUCGAGGAAGCCCUUUUCCGCGCCGGCGCCGUACCCGAACAGGACCGCGGGUGUCCGAAGCGAUAUGACUGGGCUCGAUCGGCGCGGACUGAUAAGGGCGUGAGCGCCGUCGGGCAGGUCAUCUCUGGGCGGUUCUACAUCGAUCCUCCUGGGCUCGUGGAGCGGCUGAACUCGGAACUUCCCUCGCAGUUUCGUAUCUUCGGGCACAAGCGGGUGACUGCUUCGUUCAAUGCGAAGAAGUUCUGCGAUAGGAGGAGGUAUGUGUAUCUGAUCCCUGUUUUCGCUCUUGAUGAAUCGUCGCAUCGUGAUAGGGAGAGCGUGAUGGCUAGUUUAGGAUCUGGGUCUGAGCUUGUUAAGUGUCUGGGGUGUUCGGAGAGGGGGAGGAAGGUCAUUGGAGCUGUUGGUAAUAAGCGUGAUCUUCUACUGAAAGAAGGUAAUAGACCUGAAUUGCCUGCUCAAGAUGUUCUAUUGAAGGAAGGGAAUAGGUCUAUAGAAUCUGAGAUGAAGGAGGAGACUGUGUGUUUAGAUGAUGGGGACGCUGUGGCUUCUCAGUCAGACAUUUUGCUGGACGGUAGGGGAGAAACAAGUGAAAUAGACACUGAAGUGCCUGUUCAAGAUGUCAUGCUGACUGCAGGGAAUGCUGAAAUGGAAACUGAUAUGAAGGAGAAGGCUUCAGUGUGUGUAGACAAUGGGAAUUCUGGUUAUGAUAAUGUAUCAUCAGAAGUAGUGGAGAAAGAAGCGGAUGCCAUCGCUGUGAUUGAUGUAGAUGAAACAGUGGCAAACGGGAGUGAGUUCUGUUAUGGGCAGGAAGAAAGGGAGAGGUUCAAUAGAAUAUUGGGUUACUAUGUGGGCAGUCAUAAUUUUCACAACUUCACAACCAGAAUCACGGCUGACGACCCUUCGGCUAGGCGCUACAUUGUUUCAUUCACUGCAAACACCGUGGUCACGGUUGAUGGAAUGGAUUUUGUGAAGUGUGAAGUCGUGGGGCAGAGCUUCAUGCUCCACCAGAUUCGCAAGAUGAUGGGGCUAGCUGUGGCAAUCAUGAGGAAUGCCGCACCUGAGUCCUUGAUAAAAACCGCAUUACAAAAGAUGGUUAGGCUUACCGUGCCGACAGCUCCCGAGGUGGGUUUAUACUUGGACGAGUGCUUCUUCACGUCGUAUAACCAGAAAUGGAAAGACACCCAUGAAGAAGUUUCGAUGAAGGAGUAUGAGGAAGAGGCUGAAGACUUCAAAAUGAAGCACAUAUAUCCGCACAUUGCAUCCAUGGAACACAAGGAAGGAGUUGUAGGCUUGUGGUUGCACUCUCUAAACCAUAGGAACUAUCCCGAUCUCCGUUAUAGCGAAAAGGGAGAUGCCAAAGAAGGAGCUGCUGAGGUGAAAAACGGAGAUCCCACAGAAGUUGCCAAAGAAGAAAGAGCUGCUGAUGUGAAAAACGCAGAUACCACAGAAGUUUCCAAAGAAGGACUGCUGAUGUGAGCAAGGCCAAGUAAGUUUAGACGGAUGUUAUAGUAGUGUCUUGCUAUCUAUGUUUUCCAAAGAUAGCUUUCAGUUGUUUCUUGAGUUGGUUCAUUUCUACGGGAUCUUGAUGAUAGUGCCUGGGUAGGUUUUGGUUAAAUAUGGAGGUUAAGCAUUACUUGACUGUUGCUUUGGCAACUUGGUCAAAUUGUUGUGUUUUAGCUCCAGUUUCUGGAGGUACAUUCUGUGAAUUUUU